UCGGCAUUCUGAAUUAAGUUCCCGCCAUCUUGAAGAAAUGAAAAGAAAGACUGUUCACGAUUAACUUAUUAGUAAAUUCGGUACCAGGUAACAAUGAGUGAUUUUCAAGAAUUUCCUGAAGUAGUUCAAGAGGUCAGAGGUGCCCUGAAUCCAGGGAGGUUGAAGCUUCAGAGUAAUAGUAUCAUCUUUAAGAACAACAAAACUGGAAAAAUUGACCAAUACCCAGGCACAGAUGUUGAAAAGGUACACUGGUUAAAGCGGGCCAGGGGACACUGCCUCAAAUUCCUCCUAUCCAAUGGCACCAUUCACAGAUAUGAUGGGUUCAAAGAAGGGGAAUUUGAAAAACUAGCAGCCUUCAUUUCAAAGUACUACAUGGUGAGUCUAGAAAAGAAAGACUUGUCAGUGAAAGGUUGGAACUGGGGAAUAGCACAUUUUACAGGAAAUGCCUUGGAGUUUGAUGUUGACAACAAGAUUGGUUUUGAGGUUCCCCUCAGCCACGUCUCUCACACAACUACCGCCAAACAGGAAGUGACGCUGGAAUUCCACCCUAAUGAUGACGCGGCUGUAUCGCUGAUGGAGUUGAGGUUCCACAUUCCCCCCGACCCCAAAGAUACAGAAAAAGACCUUGUUCAAGAGUUCUACAACAAUGUUCUAGAGAAAGCAGAUAUUAUCCAGGCUACUGGGGAUGCACUUGCUGUGUUUACAGAAGUCCAAUGCCUCACUCCAAGAGGUCGAUAUGACUUUAAAAUGUACAACACAUUUUUACAACUUCACGGAAAGACUUUUGACUACAAGAUCCCCUACACCACAGUGCUGCGAUUGUUUUUACUGCCCCACAAAGACGGCAGACAGAUGUUCUUUGUGAUCAGUUUGGACCCUCCAAUUAAGCAGGGACAGACCCGAUAUCACUUCUGUAUUCUGUUGUUUAAUAUUGAUGAUGAAAUGUCCAUUGAAUUGGGAAUAUCAGAUGAAGACCUCCAAGAAAAGUAUGAUAACAAACUCCAGAAGGAGAUGUCGGGGGCAGAGUACGAGGUCAUAAGUCGGGUGUUCAAGGCUGUCACCAACCGCAAAAUCACAGUGCCGGGCUCAUUCUUCAGCAACACAAAGUCUCACUCCAUCAGCUGUUCCUACAAGGCAGCCACAGGGUUCCUGUAUCCCCUGGAGAGAGGCUUCAUCUUUGUCCACAAACCCCCAAUACACAUCAGGUUUGAUGAAGUGGUCACUGUCAACUUUGCUCGUAGUGCCGGAACAAACAGAUCCUUUGAUUUUGAUGUGGAAACAAAAUCAGGGACCACUUAUACCUUUGUUGGUAUUGAAAAGGAUGAGUACGGAAAAUUAUAUGAUUUUGUCAGCAGCAAGAAAUUGAGAGUGAAAAAUAUCAAUGGCAAAGGGGAUAAAGCUCCGUACAGAGACGACAUGUCCGGAUCUGAUGAGGAGGACAACCAUGAUGCUUACCUGGAGAGAAUGAAGGCUGAGGGCAAGGACAGGCAGAGUGGGGACGAGGACGACGACAGCGACAGCUCAGAUGAGUCUUACAAUCCAAAUGAAAGUGCCAGUGAUGUUGCUGAAGAGUAUGACAGUAACCCACCAACCACCUCUUCCAACUCAGAGUCGGGUGACAGCAGUGGGGGGUCAGGGGAUGAAGAAAAACAAAAGAAACGCAAGGAAAAGGCAGAAAAGAAGAAAUCAAGAUCUGCAAAGACUGUGAGAGAAAAACUGCCUGGUUCAGAAAAGAAAAAGAAGAAGAAAUCAAAGAAAGAUCCCAAUGCUCCGAAGAGGCCACAGUCGGCUUACUUUUUGUGGUUCAAUGCGAACCGUGAGGAGCUGAAGAAAGAUACCCCAGAUAUUAGCAUCACGGAUCUGUCAAAGAAGGCAGGGGAGGUGUGGAAGCAGAUGGAGGAUACAGAUAAAACUGAAUGGAAUGAGAAAGCAGCAGAAGCCAAAAAAGAGUAUGAAAAAGCCAUGGAAGAGUAUAAAGCCAAGAAAAAGGAAGCCUCAGAUGAUGAAGGCGAUGAUGAUUCCUCUAAGAAAAGAAAAAGUCCAAAGAAGAGCCCCAGCAAAUCAUUAUCAGACAGUCGGGCUGGAGCUGGAACAAACUACAAAAGUAAGGAAUACAUCUCCAGUUCUGGAAGCAAUUCUUCAGGGUCUGAUAGUGAUGACAAACCUUUGAAAAAGAAACCCAAGAAGGAUCAAGGCACAAAAGAGAAAAAGAAGAAAGAAAAGGCUCCAGAGACGAAGAGGAAAUCUAAACGUCAAAACAAAGGAAGUGAAAGUGAAAGCAGUGUGGGAGAGUUACCAGAUGAAGAAGAAAUUCUAGAUACCCCUCCAUCAUCAGGAAAAUCAGCAUCGGAAUCAGAGUCAGACUGAACACAGCAACUCAUGGCUUGGGAUUUGUGAUAUCUUGACACUGUAUAAAAAUAUUUUUACAAUUCAUGAAAAGUAUUGAUGUUUCAUCACAUUUCUUGCUUCAAGAAUGUAUUAUGUGUACAAAGAAGUACCAGUGUUGUGUUGGCACUAAAACGACUUUAGCCUUCAUAAAUGUGUACAUGUGAUUAAAAAACAGAUUCUCUUUAACGUAAGGAAACUUUAUAGCACCAAUAGUGCUUAAUUUGUUUCAUUGAUAACUGUAUGAUGAAUUCAUAAUAAAUGUCAGUCAUCAAUAUAAA